CUGUCGGCUGUCUGGUCUGAUGUCGUCUGACCGCAGGAGCAGGAGAAGUGGGACGGGAAGCCCCUGUAUCAGUUUGGAUCUGGUUUCACUUUGAGACGUUUUCCUCCUCACCGAGUUUUACAUAACGUUUUUUUUUCACGCGAGCUUCCUCGUUUUAAUGUUUGUCCUCCUUCAUGUUGAGGCAUGCAUUUCUUCCUUUCGUUUCCCUUACUGGGUGGAUGAGCAUUUUAAACCAGCUGCAGCCUUCGCUUCGUAGGUCAGGAGGACAAGAUGAAUUUGGAGGAGUACUUCAGAAGGAUCAAUUUCAAUAGUCCAUAUGAGACACCGGACCUGGCCACACUUAAAUUGAUCCACAGACAUCACGUGAUGGCAAUCCCCUUUGAAAACCUCAGCAUCCACUGUGGAGAGAGGAUCACCAUGGACCUUGAGUGUAUUUUCAACAAGAUUGUCAGGAGCAAUCGUGGGGGUUGGUGCUGUGAGAACAACUUUUUGUUCGCCUGGGUGUUGAAGGAACUGGGCUACAACCCCGUAACUCUGGGCUCCAGAGUUUUCAACAGCAUCAUCCAUGAUUUCAACCCCACAGACUCCCAUCUCAUCAACAAAGUCGUCAUUGAGGGGAAUACAUACAUUGCAGAUGUGAGCUUUGGAGUUUCUUGCCAACUUUGGGAGCCCCUAGAGCUUGUCUCUGGGAAGAACCAGGCGCAGGCCGUUGGUGUCUUUCGCCUAAUAGAAAAUGGUGAGGACUGGAUCUUGGAGAAGACAGGCCGUAAGCCAGUGAUUCUGAAUCCAGAUUUUGCUAACUCAAGUCUCAUAGAGAAGAAGCAAACAAAGGCGAUCUACUGCUUCAGCUUGGUGCCUCGUGGGAUUGACCACUUCCUUGAGACAAGCCACAAACUUCAGACAGAUCCAACUUCACUCUUCACCAAUAAGUCUAUCUGCUCUCUUCAAACAGCCUCUGGAUUCCGAGCCCUCAUUGGUUGGACCUACAGUGAGGUCACCUUUAAACCUGAAGAGGGUGUUGAUCUUUUGGAGAUGAGGGACAUACCAGAUAAUGAACUGGAGCAAACUCUGAGGGAAAAGUUCCGUGUAAAGUUGGUGAACAAGCUGGUGGCCAUAAACAACAAAGCUAGCUACACUUUAUAACUCCAAAGUUUAUUGAUCUAAUUGUACUGUAACAAUGAAGUCAUUCAUGGGGAUUUUAUGACUGACAGUGUCCAGCAGCUUUUGAAAAAUAAUGAUAUAUGUUUAAAGGCAUAUUGAGGAUGCAAAGGAUUCCCGAAUUUGUAAGUCAAUAUACCAAAAACGGGUUGUAUGAUGCUGCAAUUGUGUAAUAGUCCAAAUCAUAUUAAAUCAACUGCCC